GCUCCAGCCAUGGCCUCUCCGGGCUCCGGCUUCUGGUCCUUUGGGUCUGAGGAUGGCUCGGGGGAUCCCGAGAACCCCGGCACAGCGAGAGCCUGGUGCCAGGUGGCCCAGAAGUUCACCGGCGGCCUUGGGAACAAGCUGUGCGCCCUGCUCUACGGAGACGCGGACAAGCCGGCCGACGGCGGCGACAGCGCGGCCCCGCGGGGCUCUGCCAGGAAAGUGGCCUGCACCUGCGACCAGAAGCCCUGCCGCUGCAGCCACACGAAGGUCGACUACGCCUUUUUGCACGCAACAGAUCUGCUGCCAGCGUGUGACGGAGAAAGGCCCACUUUGGCUUUUUUGCAAGAUGUUAUGGACAUUUUGCUUCAGUAUGUGGUGAAGAGUUUUGAUAGAUCAACCAAAGUCAUUGAUUUUCAUUAUCCUAAUGAGCUUCUUCAAGAGUAUAAUUGGGAAUUGGCCGAUCAACCACAAAAUUUGGAGGAAAUUUUGAUGCAUUGCCAAACAACUCUAAGAUAUGCAAUUAAAACAGGUCAUCCUAGAUAUUUCAAUCAGCUUUCCACUGGAUUGGAUAUGGUCGGAUUGGCUGCAGACUGGCUGACAUCAACAGCGAACACUAACAUGUUCACCUAUGAGAUUGCUCCAGUGUUCGUGCUUCUGGAAUAUGUCACACUGAAGAAAAUGAGAGAAAUCAUUGGCUGGCCUGGUGGUUCUGGCGAUGGGAUAUUUUCUCCUGGUGGCGCCAUAUCCAACAUGUACGCCAUGCUGAUCGCGCGCUACAAGAUGUUUCCAGAGGUCAAGGAGAAAGGAAUGGCUGCUGUCCCCAGGCUCAUUGCUUUCACGUCGGAGCACAGUCAUUUUUCUCUCAAAAAGGGAGCUGCAGCCUUGGGGAUUGGAACAGACAGCGUGAUUCUGAUUAAGUGCGAUGAGAGGGGGAAAAUGAUCCCAUCUGAUCUCGAAAGGAGAAUCCUUGAAGUCAAACAGAAAGGAUUUGUUCCUUUCCUUGUAAGUGCCACAGCUGGAACCACCGUAUAUGGAGCAUUCGAUCCUCUGUUAGCUGUGGCUGACAUCUGCAAAAAGUACAAGAUCUGGAUGCACGUGGAUGCAGCCUGGGGUGGGGGAUUACUGAUGUCCCGGAAACACAAGUGGAAGCUGAGUGGUGUGGAGAGGGCCAACUCUGUGACGUGGAAUCCACACAAGAUGAUGGGCGUCCCAUUGCAGUGCUCAGCUCUCCUGGUCAGAGAGGAGGGAUUAAUGCAAAGCUGCAACCAGAUGCAUGCCUCCUACCUCUUCCAGCAAGACAAGCACUACGACCUGUCCUAUGACACUGGUGACAAGGCCCUGCAGUGUGGACGCCACGUGGAUGUUUUUAAAUUAUGGCUCAUGUGGAGGGCAAAGGGCACUACUGGCUUCGAAGCACAUAUUGAUAAGUGUCUGGAGCUGGCAGAGUAUUUAUACAAUAUCAUAAAGAACCGAGAAGGCUACGAAAUGAUUUUUGAUGGGAAGCCUCAGCACACAAAUGUCUGUUUCUGGUAUGUGCCUCCCAGUUUGCGUACUCUGGAAGACAAUGAGGAGAGAAUGAGUCGCCUCUCAAAGGUCGCACCAGUGAUUAAAGCCCGAAUGAUGGAGUAUGGGACCACAAUGGUCAGCUACCAACCCCUGGGAGACAAGGUCAAUUUCUUCCGCAUGGUCAUCUCAAAUCCCGCAGCAACUCACCAAGACAUUGACUUCCUGAUUGAAGAAAUAGAGCGCCUUGGACAAGAUUUAUAAUAACCUAACUCACCAAGCUGUUUCAGUUCUCUAGUGAACACGCUCUCAGCUAAGCCCCCUCUUGAGCAAUUUGCCUUUGAGAAUUGUGUGAUUUCACAAAGUGCAAGGUGACUACUACUUUGUUUCUAAGAACAGAAGAAACCAAGGGUGGAGAGUCACAAACUGCCAACAUUGCAGGUGUUGGCUCUGCUGGGCCCUCGAGUAGCCGCCACUCCUUAGAAUAUGGAAAAUGAAAGCACAGGUGUAAAUAUAGUAGCAGGACAUGUACCAAGGAACCUCACACUGGGUGUCAUCGUGCAUGUGCUCUUCCGUUUUCAAGUGAUAAGUGCAAACACCGUGUAAUUAUUAGUUAUGUGUGCCAAAUACUGUUCCCAACUGGUCUUUCUGAGCAACAUCAUCAUUCUGCCAGCAUCACUCCAUCACUAAAGGCAGAAAACUUUACAAAGAAAAUAUUCACAUAUUCAUCACUCUGUUCUUACCAAAUAUAAACUUGUGUAUGAUUGAAGUAUUUUAUCUGUGUUGUCUCCCUAAACCCAAAUAAAUGUGUAAAUGUGGACA